UCUGUACAAAACCCCGCGCGCGAUCCCAGCCGCCGCUUCCUGCCCACCGGUCUCCUACGAAGCCAAGAAUCCCAAACGCGUUUCAGCUGAACCAAGAUGCAGCUGCCACUCCAGACCGAAGCUCUCGUGUUGUCUGAGGCCGGCGGGCCCUUUGUGCUGACGCCGAUCGUCAUCCAGGACCUGCGGCCGGACGAGGUGCUGGUCGAGAUAAAAUACUCGGGCGUGUGCCACACCGACUUCUGGGUCCAGCAGGGCAAUCUCGCCGAUGUCAUGGGGUUUCCGGCCAUUGCCGGGCACGAGGGCGCGGGGAUUGUCCGGGCCAUCGGCUCCGACGUCAAGAACAAGUCCCUCCAGGUGGGCGACGCCGUGCUGCUCUCGUUCACCGCCUGCGGGGACUGCGAUGAUUGCAAACACAAUUACAGCCGCUGCCGCAUGUUCGGCCCACUCAACCUGACCGGCACCCGGCGUCAGGAUGGCACCAGCCCAACCAAGCUGCUCGAUGGCAGGCCAGUGCGCAGCCAGUUCUUCGGGCAGUCCUCGUUUUCCCGCUUCACGGCAGCACACGAGCUCUGCGUCGUCAAGUGCCCCUCUCCCGAAGACCUGGCCAUCUACUCCCCGAUGGGCUGCGGCUACCAAACCGGCGCCGGAACCAUCCUCAACGUGCUCAAGCCGAGGCCCGACCAGACGGUGGCCGUGUUCGGCGCCGGCAGCGUCGGGUUUGCCGCCAUCAUGACCGCCGCCAGCAUCCCGGCGAAGCAGGUCAUCGCCAUCGACAUUGUGGAGCAGAAGCUGGCGCUGGCGAGGGAGCUCGGGGCGACGCACACCAUCAACACGGCCGCGAUCCAGGGGAGCGUCGUCGACGAGGUCAUGAAGCUGACGGGCGGCAAGGGCGUCGACUUCGCCGUCGACACGACCGGCGUGUCGGCCGUCGUCGAGAAGAUGCUGGACUGCCUGGCAUAUGCGGGGACGGCGGCGUCGGUGGGCGCUCCGCCCAGGGCGGACAAGAUCACCGUCAACGUGGGGUCCUUCUUUGCCGAGAAGAAGAAUUGGCUGGCCAUCGCCGAGGGCGACUCUCACCCGCCAGAGUUCAUUCCCCGGCCGAUCGACCUGCACAAGCAAGGGAAGUUUCCCAUAGAGAAAAUCUGCAAAGUGUACCCUGUGGCGGACCUCAAGACAGCGAUUGCGGACAUGAAGACUGGAGCAGUUAUCAAACCAAUCAUCCAGUUCUAGGGGUGAGAUAAGUGGCUGGACGGUGUGGAGAGACAGUCAAAGCUUGCAUGAUCGUGGGUGGUAAUGCCAUCUCUGUUGA